AUGGAUCAAUUGCAAGCGACGGGAAUUAGGAAAAGAAAGGCAGAAACGCAAGAUAAUGAGCGACUCUCCAAACGACUGAGCUUGCUCAAUCUCGAGCGCAAUGGCCAAAUACUCUACGUCCCAGUUGAACAACCCACCUUAAGCUCAGACUCGGAUCCGCCUACUACCACAACUACAACUGCCGCCCGCAGACACAAACGUACGAAACCAAGCACGACAAAUCAGCAAGAUGCAGACGACAUAAUGCAACUAGACGACUCCAAACACAAAGUCUACAUCUACAAUCUCGACGACGAGCUAUCCGAUAGCGACGCGUCCGAUGAUGGACGUCUAGUAUUUCUCCCCGAUAUAUCCAAGCAUCUGCGAGAAACGCGAAUUCCACCCCAUAUACUAGCAAAUAAAGAUGGAGAAUUGGCUGGUAUGAAUAAUCAGCUUAUCUUGUACGAUUCAGCAGUUCCGAGGAAUCACAGUGUGCCCGAGGAACAUGAUUUAGUGCGGAAGGCAUUUCUGGAGGCGAGGGAAAAGGCCAGAGCUAAGUGGGGGGAGAGGGCAAGAUUGGAUGGGAGAGUGGGAGAGGGGGAUGGCUUGCAGACGUUGGGUGCAGUUGGGAGAGAUCGUGCGUAUACUAAUAGUAUGAGUGAGGGGGGUGCUGAUAUAGAAGAUAUGACAGUGGAAGCUAUGGAAGAUGAUCCUGAUGCCAUGGACCUCGGAUAG